AUGACCAGACUAAAAUGGAACCUGUUUGGACUCUACACCAUCGAUGCGUUCAUCACCAUAUUUGUAAUACCAGUCUGCGUUGCAUUCUACUGGCGUGGUAUGUGGGGAUUACUUGACGUAUAUCUUCUGCCAGACUCACCGUGUUCAAGUGCUGGUAUUUCGCUGAUUACAGGUCUCGUUCUUAUCGUGACUUUGAACCUAGCACAGGAUUUACACAUCCGACUCUUUCCCUACAAAUCGCUUCGAUGGUACAUUUACAGUAAGGGGUUUGCGUCCGUGAAUCAUUGGCGAGGGCUUUGGGACAUCUUGGACUGCUACACUGAGCGUAGUCUUUUAUCGUUGUCGAUGUCCGUCUUGGUGGCUAGUUUAUUUCACUGGCUUGUUAGAACCAGCAGAACGUGCCCCAAUGUGCCGACAAAGGCCAGCAGAGACAACGUCAAACACGUGUUUUGUUUUUAUACAAGGUUUGAUCAAAAAUGGACGAAUCACUGUGUGUACUAUCUACUUGACAUGUUGUUAACAUACGUUAUAAUCGUGAGUGUGACCGUAAUCUACUGGAGAGGAAUGUUCGGCACUUUGGAUUUGUUAAUAUUUGAAGAAGAUUUAACGAGAUCGGCAUGGGUGUCCAUUGCGAUUGGUUACACGUUGGCAGUCGUGGGCACUGUACUUCAAUACCCAGCCGCGAUCAUUAGCAGGAAAGUUGUACAGAAAUCAGCGUUUGCUCAGUUGGUUUAUGAAGACACGUUUGUCUACGUGUCCGCAUUCAUGUCGGUAAACGUAUGGCGUGGGACGUGGUACUUAUGUGAUGUGUACAUAUUACCUGAUGAAUUUGAAACAAGUUGCUGGAUCACUUUAUCUGUGAGUGUCGUUGUGCUCUAUUUCAUUUUAGCCGCUAGAAAUAUGGGAGGCGGGGAAUUUCGUAUUGACGGGAAACCCCAGGACGGCACUGGCGUGUACUACGAACACUACUUCGACAGACUCAAUGACAUUAAAUUUAAGACUACCAUAGAGGUGCCACGAAUGAUGGAUGCCUCAACUACCGCGAAAAUAGUUGAACUGAGUGGAUGUGAGAAUGUUGUCAGCCGUGAAAUUAUCAUGGGAACAGAAAUAUCGAGCAAAAUGAAUUAG